AUGCAACAAGAUAUUGUCACACAUUUCUCUCGAUUUGUAAAACCUAUUCAAAAACAUUUUCAUGAAUCUUUCAUGAUUAUUAAUAGUAUUCCUUGGUGGAAUAUUGAUUUCGAUAAAUCAUAUGUUUUUUUUUAUUCGAAAAGAGAACAAAAAGAAAAAUUCGAUACUUUAGAGCAUUCUAAAAUUAUUCCUUAUUACGAUUUUUUUAAAUGUAAAUGUGAAUUUCAUCCUCAUCUCUGGCAGUAUGAUCCUCAACAUAAAGAUUCUAAAUGUUCUUUUAGAAGUCAUUGUGAAUAUUUUAAAUUAUUACAAUCA